AUGAUCCCUACAGCGCACCAUCCAACAAUCUCUACCACCAGACCGUUGACGCCUGAAGAAGAAAUAGCCAUGAGAGUUCAAACUUCGAUCAUUGAUUUACGCAAUUCCUCUUGCUCUUCAUCCUCUUCAGCUUCAACAUCCGAUUCUUCAGUGCCUUCAGAAGUUCCCUCUGAUCCACUUUUACAAGAUAUUGUCACUAAGCUUUCAUCCACUCAAAUUAUCAUACCUGGGCCACUUCCUCAAGAUCGCCUUUACAGUUACGAAAAAUCUAUUCCUACUGUGGUGUUAUAUGAUCAUCUCGGACUUGAGCUGUACGACCAGAUCACCGCUACUCAUGAUUACUACCCUUACGGUACCGAAUUGCAAAUCUUCAAACGACAUGGAGCCGAGAUUUCAAAUGGCAGCACAAGAGGAUAUAUGCGCAUAUUCUCACGACCAAAAGAUGGCCUUGGUCAUCAGCUAUCCACGCCCGACUUCCUACAAGUCUUUAUCUAA